AUGUCAGAGGAAGAAAAAAAGAGUGGUUCCGCUACCGGCGGUCCGUCCGUAGUAAUGGUGGAGCAGACGUCAGAAAGUCGACACAAGCAACCCUACCGCCCCACUGAGUUACAAGAAGAGACACCUGAACUACACCACAAAAGGUCCCGAGCGCCUGCAGUACCUUCUGUAGCUGAGGAGUUGAAAGAAAUAUCUGAAGAUUCUAAUGUCAGCAACAAUGCCGAGAUUAAAGAAAGAAAGGAAUCUGAACGUGCCAUGUCUUCUGAUAAACAAAAGCAGAUGUUAGCGAAGAAGUUAUCUUCAAACACCAAAAAGCGUGAUAUAUCGCCCGAAACAAUUACGUUAGCACCUAUAGAAGUGGAAACGAAGUUAGAAACGAUAACAGUACCACCGCAACCAUUGCCAUCUCAAGAGCCAGUGAAGGAAUCACGCAUUGCUUCGGACAAGGAGGCGGAUAAGGAAGAAGAGGAUAGUAUCAAAGACGAGAUUGCGGAGUUGCGAACGCCCGAAGUUUCUAAGAAACAUUCUGAAUGGUCAGAUGAAGAGGAAGCGGGCGGGCUGCCACGCAGCGAAUCACGGUCGUCACGCAUCUCCCGCACGGUGCGCCAACUAUUUUGCUGCGGCGUGCCUUACGAAGCGGCCUCCGAAGAUGAUGUCUCCACACAUCGCUAUGCCGGCAUUUAA